AUGGAAGAAGGUGAAGGUGCUCUUGCAGCUGAAGAUGCCGAGAAACGGAGCCCCAACGACUUCGCGCUUUGGAAGGCGUCGAAGCCGGGCGAACCGGCUUGGGAGAGUAAGUGGGGCCCUGGCCGUCCUGGUUGGCACAUUGAGUGCUCUGUCAUGGCCACAGACGUCAAUGGGGAGUACCUGGAUAUCCACGCUGGAGGUGAAGACCUCAAGUUUCCGCAUCACGACAACGAGAUGGCGCAAUCCGAAGCCUACCUGCAGCGAUCCCAGUGGGUGAACUAUUUCUGGCAUGCUGGCCAUUUGCACAUCGAAGGACUGAAGAUGUCAAAGUCCCUCAAGAACUUUAUCACGAUUCGCCAAGCUCUGGGGAUGCAUUCUCCCCGGCAGCUGCGGAUGAUGUUCCUCAUGCAG